AGUGAGUCCAGUUGUUUGUUGGUGAGGUUCACCACGUGGUGUGCCCAGUGCGUGUGUCAGCGUGCCUACAGGACACACCUCCUUGUAGCCUCCUCAGUCCACCUAUUCACGAAGCCUUCUACAGAUCUACUAAGGAACAAGUCCUCAUCAGCAGUGUGAAUAGAGCAUUUACAGAAACUGCAUAAUGAGAGAGGCGAGAUUAAAACUGAUAACACCCCUUUCCCUACACCUGCUGCUAUUGUUGGGGACAUGUACAAAGGCUAAGGUCUUUCCUGUACCUAACAAAGAAGGCCCAGACUACUGGAAUCACCUAGGGUGGUCUGACCUUCAGGAUGCUUUAGCUACUGCUACCUCUCACAAUUGGAAUAUUGCCAAAAAUGUGGUGCUCUUCUUGGGAGAUGGUAUGGGCAUUGUGGUAUCAACAGCAGCCAGAGUUUAUAAAGAACAAAAGCGUCAAGGAAAUUCUGGAGAGGAAGGUUACCUGGCAUGGGAGCGAUUUCCACACACAUCUCUUAUGAAAACUUAUACACUCGACCAGCAAAUCCCAGAUAGUGCGGCAACAGCCACAGCAUUCUUCUCAGGCAUAAAGGCCAAUCAAUAUACUCUGGGAGUGGACAACACUGUCUUCAGAAAUGAUUGUAUGGCAUCACUUAAUCCUACAACCUGGCAACCAUCUAUAAUGGAUUGGGCACAGAAGGCUGGAAAACAUACAGGCUUCGUAACAACAACUCGGUUAACACACGCUACACCUGCUGCCCUUUAUGCUCACAGUCCCAACCGCGACUGGGAGUGUGAUGCAAAACUUGGAAGAUUUGGUCAUGGCUGUAGGGAUAUCGCUAAGCAACUUGUUGAAGAUGCUCCAGGAAGAGAUGUGAAGGUAAUGCUCGGUGGGGGUAAAUUUCCCUUUGGAGCAUCAACUGGGAUAGCUGAUAAAAAAAAUUGCCUAAGAGUUGACAAUCGUAACCUAACACACGAAUGGCUAAUUCAGAAGAGAGCUCAUGGACACAAAACUGAAUAUGUGCAAAAUACACAACAACUUCUUACCGUCGAUACUUCAAAAACAGACCACUUAAUAGGACUGUUCUCCGACUCUCACAUGGACUAUGAAAUUGAUCGUAACAGGGGGCCUUCAGGGCAGCCCAGUCUUGCCAACAUGACUUCUGUGGCCAUCAAGAUGCUUUCAAAAAGCAGAAAAAAAGGCUUCUUCUUAAUGGUGGAGGGUGGCAGAAUUGAUCAUGCCAUGCAUAUCACAGAACCCCUGCGUGCUUUUGAAGAAAUCCUAGCUUUCGAGGAUGCUAUCACAACGGCCCUAUCAAUGCUGGAUCUCAGUGAAACACUUGUUAUUGUUACUGCUGAUCACUCGCAUGUUAUGACCAUUAACGGAUAUGUCAAGAGAGGGAACGACAUUCUAGGAGUAUCUGAUAAACCUUCUGAAAUUGACAACAUGCCCUUCACUACUCUUAUGUUCACGAAUGGCCUUGGUUAUGAUUAUUACUGGAAUGGUACAAAGGUUACAAGACCAGAUGUGAGAGAGAAAAGCACUACUAAGCAUGGUUAUAAACCCCUGUCAGCUGUUCCUAUGUUAUAUGAGACCCAUUCUGGAGAAGAUGUUGCUGCCUAUGCUAUUGGACCGAUGUCUCACCUGUUCCACAGAAUGCAUGAACAGAGCUAUAUCGCCCAUGUGAUGGGUUUUGCUGCCUGUGUUGGUCCAUAUAAAAAAAAUUGUGCAAGACCAGAGCAUUCUAUUCCAUGAUUUACCUCAUGAUAAUAUCAAAACUGUGUUCUCCUGACAUAUCCUCACAAUGACCUGUUGUAGUAUUGCUACAUGAUGUAUAAAGCAUAAACUUUUGUACAUUUCCAUUGCAUCAGUAUGUUCUGCAUAGAGCCAUUUUUUGUGUAACCAUAUACAGGUACUCCCCGACUUACGACGGGGUUAGGGACCGACAUCCAGGUUGUAAGUCGAAAUGGUUGUCAGUCGG